UAGAUGGAGAGAUAACAUUUCCGCAACAUUGAAUAUCAGAUAAAGCAGGAGUAAAAACAGAUGGGAAUGUUCACCAUUAGAAACAUUAAGCGGAUUACCCGAGUAAUGCGGGGUUUAUUUCGUCACAUUACUGCUUUCCAUCUUUCCUGCUUUUCCGUAGAACAUUUCCUGCUGUGGCUAUCCUUUAUUGCUCCGCCCACGAUUACUGCAGUUCUCCUGAUACGUUACAAAGUAACACCUCUGCACCGGACAGUACAACAUUGUGCCUGCAAACCUCUUUUUUUCAGUGCAAACGCCGAGCUCACACCUGGAUUUCUGUAGGGUUUAUUGAUGAUUUUCAAUAUGGAUUUAUAACCAUAUCCUGACUGCAGAACGGGCAAAUCGUCUUGACUGCUGCUCCCUCGUUAGCUCUGCAAUGUAUCCAACGUUACGGACGGUUUUACUAUCAAAUGCGCGCUGCUGGGAUGCCGACAGCAAGAGGUCAUGCCAGGACUUAUUCGAGAAGCUUGAUACCAAUAAAGAUGGAAGGGUGGACGUCGCUGAAUUACGAGCGGGCCUCAAGGCAAUGGGCAUAUUCCGCCAGGGAGCCGCACAGAAAAUUGUGUCGUCUGGGGAUCAGAACAAAGAUGGCAGUCUUGACUUCAACGAGUUCAGCAACUAUCUGAAAGAGCACGAGAAGAAGCUGCGGCUGACAUUCAAGAGCCUGGACAGAAACAACGAUGGGCGCAUCGAUGCCUCAGAGAUCCAGCAGUCCCUUGCAGAGCUGGGCCUGGAUAUCAGCAGAGAGAAUGCACUGAAAAUACUACAGAGUAUGGAUGUUGAUGGGACGAUGAUGGUGGACUGGAACGAGUGGAGAGGGCACUUCUUGUUAUGCCCCGCUCACAACCUGGAGGAGAUCAUACGCUACUGGAAACACUCCUCGGUGCUGGACAUAGGGGACAGUCUUGCCAUCCCGGAUGAGUUCACAGAGGAGGAGAAGAGCUCAGGUCGAUGGUGGAAGCAGCUUGCUGCAGGUGCUGUGGCAGGGGCCAUCUCUCGCACUGGUACUGCUCCUUUGGACAGAAUGAAAGUCUUCAUGCAGGUUCAUUCUUCUAAGACUAACCCGAUAAGCCUGGUUGGGGGCUUCAAUCGGAUGAUCAAAGAGGGAGGUCUGUCCUCACUGUGGAGGGGAAAUGGGAUCAACGUUUUAAAGAUCGCACCAGAGACAGCUAUCAAAUUCAUGGCAUAUGAACAAUAUAAGAAGUUGUUGUCAUCAGAGGGCCAGAAGAUUGAGACACACAAGAGGUUUGUAGCUGGCUCUCUGGCUGGAGCCACGGCACAGACAUCAAUCUACCCCAUGGAGGUAUUGAAAACUAGACUGACCCUGAGGAAAACUGGCCAAUAUUCAGGAAUGUUUGAUUGUGCCAAGAAGAUCCUGAGGAAUGAGGGAAUCAUGGCUUUCUACAAGGGCUACAUCCCAAACUUAGUAGGCAUAAUUCCCUACGCCGGGAUAGACCUCGCUGUCUAUGAGACUCUAAAGAACACGUGGUUGACGCACCACGCCAAAGACUCAGCUAACCCUGGAGUUCUGGUGCUGGUGGCCUGUGGAACCGUCUCUAGCACCUGCGGACAGCUGGCCAGCUAUCCACUCGCACUUGUGCGCACACGCAUGCAGGCACAAGCGUCUCUGGAUACAUCAGACCAGCCCUCCAUGAGCAAUCUGAUGAAGAAGAUCGUAGCCAAAGAUGGCUUUUUUGGACUCUACCGAGGCAUCCUUCCAAACUUCAUGAAAGUCAUUCCUGCUGUCAGCAUCAGCUAUGUUGUUUACGAAUACAUGAAGACUGGCUUAGGAAUAUCCAAAUGACCCUGGAAGCAAAUGAAAAAAGAACAUUAACUAAUUAUUGGACUUGAAAAUGACUGAAAUAACUCCAAAAAUACAGACAGACAUCAGACAUACGGAGCAUGACUUUCGCCAGCUGGAACAGGAGUUCAGCAGAUGGAAAACUGUAUGUAUCGGAGUAAUGGUGGUCGGUCAGAAGCUACAGCAUUUAUCGUUUGUGCUGAGCAUGUUUUAAUUUGUAUCAACUGUUACACAUAAUGCACCCCCUAAAUAUGUACACUCUCCAAAAUAAUAUUUCACAUAUAAAAAACUGUACUGUAAUUGAUAGAUACAUCAUAUUUGAAAAACAACGCAUCUUCAGUUAGUAACCUCAUUGUACUGUUUACUCUUUAAAAACUCAAAUCAAAAUGGAAUCUCAAUGGGACACAAUGUGGUGCUUUUUGGUAACAAAAUUAAUAUUUUCUUCAGAGAAAGCUGGAGCUUAUUCAGCGAGGCUUAACGGUAGACUUAAUUGUCUUUUAUAAUGGUAAAGUGAAAAAGUAAAUGUUUAAGUCCACAUUCUUUAGAGGUCAUUUAAAACUUCUAUAAGUUGUAAACAACUGCCUCUAGAGUGCCUCCAGUCAGCUGCUGUCACCUAAAAAUAACUGGCCCUGAAAAGUCAAUAACGUUUUAACACUGGAACACUGUGAGCAUGAGACAAAUGCAUGUUUGUUAAAAUAACUCAAUCUGUGUGAUUUGAGAAAUAAUUUAAAUGCACCUUACAUCCACACAAUGUGAACUCUCUGGCAUUAAUAUAUGUGUUUACGAUAUAUACGUACAUAUAGACACUGCAUUUUUUCACUGCUAUGAUAGGUACUACAGCAAUGCAUGGUAACACUUCUAAUGGUAAUAACUGGUCGUUGUGAUUGAAAUACUUGCAAGGAGUAUAUUUUGUCCUGUGUCACUUUUCAUUUCAUUUCAACACACACACACACACACACACACACACACACACACACACACACACACACACACACACACACACACUCACACUCACACUCACACUCACACUCACACUCACACUCACACUCACACACACACACGCUGUUUCAUUAUGCAACAUUGUGUUGCUUGAAAUCAAUGGUGAGCUCUUCGGGGUGGGUGUUAUCAGCGCCACCUGGUGGAUAAUAAAUACAAAACGCAUAGACACAUUGCUUACAAUAAUAAACUACUAGUUUUUCAGAACCCU